CGGUCGGACAGAAAAGCUUUCCCGUAAAAUUUGAUUGAAUCGAGGGCAGCAGCGAGCGGCCGCCAUCAUCGCCGCAUUCAUCACUCAGCAGCGGUCGCCAUCUUGGUAAAGUGCCAGCGAAAGUUUAGCCGAGUUUAGCUGUGCGACAUCUACGGCGGUGUAGCUCAAAAAUUUGUGCUUGUGGAUACUAUUUCAUAGGAUUUUUCGCUAGAGUUUCGAAUUCGAGCCCGGCGGUACCUGGAAGGUGGUGCCGAAGUCCUUUUAAACACGAGUAACGGUCGUCGGGGUUGUUUCUGAUAACCGGAUUCCGUCGGAAGUUAGAUCGCCCCCGAUUCGGGGUAGCGGGUUUGUGGAAAUCGCGUCGCGUCACUGCUGCUCUUCCUUCAGUGCCACGGACAUUGGACGAACGGGUGUGAGAUUGCAUAUCGAAGAAGUACUUUCUAGAUGCGUGGGGGAAUUUGGGUUUUUCUGUUGGAAAUCAGUGGUCUAUGGUCGUGAAAAUCUGAGGAAGUGAAUACUGAAGAGAUCCGGAAUAGUGGUCCCACGUUUUUGUCAAGGAUUAAUCAGAUGGUGAUAAGCCUUCAAUACUUGUCAAUAUCCUACCGAAAUUGUGCCUCAACCUGGAUUCCAAAGCCAUACUUUUACCGAAAGAGGAAUUUAGUUAAAACAGUGAGCCCAAAAUUUCAACCAAAUGUUGGAUGAAAGUUAGAAGAUAUUGGAAAUUCGUAUUCAAACUUUACGAAGAAAAGGAUUAUAAAUCUUCAUUCAAGCCUGUAAAUGGUCCGAUCUGAUGCAGACGAGGAACAUUGGAUAGUCGAUCAGAGUAUAUAGAUACCCAGUACCAGAAUGACGCGUAUAACGGAAACCAAAUCCGUCAAGGUGGAUAAUUGGGGAGUGUUCUUCCUGCAGAAACUGCAAAACUUUUUCAACAAAACCGACCAUUGCGAUUUGACGCUCCAAUUCAAUGACAAUUCGCAACUCAAAGUGCACCGAUUGGUGCUGAGUGCCUGUACGGACUAUUUCAACAUGCUGGAAAAUACCUGCGAAAUGUAUGACGAUGUGUUGAUCAUGCCGCUCGAUUUGCAAGCCGACGUUAUAGUUCCGAUUGUGAAUUUCAUGUACACAGGUACGUUGGAGUUUCAGUACAGCAUUUAUGAGAAGCUAUUAAAAACGGCUCGGGAUAUGAAUAUGACAGUUCUGUUGAAGUUGUUGGAAGCUCACAAACAAACUACUAAUCGGAUGGCUUUUCAAGGUAAACAGCCAAUUCUGUUGAACAAGCAAGCUCCACGUGGUCCAGGAACAGGAAUAAGAAGCAACUUCAAUGCAUCCACCGUGCAACGUAGUUACGGUGUAGCGGGUCGUGGUGGUGCUACGGUGGGUAAUCGUGGCAUACAACAGCAAUCCAGACCUGUUGUUCAUCGCCAGACGACAAUUGUGCCAGUUUCGAAUAAGCAAUAUUCACCCAAUAAAACGGUCAGCAUUCCUGAACCACAACAGCUUAUGGCUAAAUAUGCAGUAUCCAGAGAAACACCUGCAGGACCUUCGCGUUUUGACGAUACCGCUAUCACUUCGGAUGGUUUUGAAGGCGCGUUUGAGGACAUGUCCUACGAAAGCAGGCCACUAGUAACCGCUGAUCAGAUUAAGAAGGAGGAAGAAACAUCUCCAUUCGAAAAGUUACGGAAAGGUUACACUAACAUAAAUGUAAUGAAGAGACCCGCUAGUAAUGCUAUUGCAGGUCCAACGGCCAAAAAGCCGAACCUAGAUGAAGUAAAAGAAUUUACCGAAGCUGCUCGCCUCCGCAGUCAGAUUGCAACCGAGGAUGACGAUUCACCCGGUUUAGAAGACGAUACUCGAUUCGUGGAGGAAGAUGAACAACAGCAACAGGCUAUCAAAACAAGUCCCAAAUCCUACGGUUCUCCAGGUAAGCAAAUUAUCAUAAAACAAGAAGCGACCUCACCCGGAACGGCAGCUGCCAUCAAACAAAUCACUGUAAAAGAUGAGUCCGGUAACGUUGACCACGCCAAAAUUAUCAGUGAAGUACUAAAAAAAUAUCCACACUUGGUGAAAAAGAACAAAAAUAUCAAAUUGAAAAUUAUGCAGAAAACUUCACCAACAGCUCAAGCGGGACCAGCUACACAUAAGGUACAGGUGAACACUGCAACACCUCUCAAAUCAGAUGCAGCGAUGAUUCGCAAGGCAACAGAUUCGAUUCAACGGGCACCGAUCGCGUCGUCGACACCGGGCCCCAAGAAAAUAGAUUCCAAAACAAUGCAUGCCUUGAUUGCGAAAGGUGCCGAGAACAUGACCGGACCAUGGCUAUGCUUACGCUGCGGAGUUGGUGGAAGGCCAAUCAGUAUUCCAAACUACAAAGCCUUCCGUAAUCACUUGAUUGUGAAGCACAAGGAAAAGAUCGACGCUCGCAUCUGUGAGCAUUGCGGCUGGAAGGCAGAGCAGCGCAAUCCCCAUCUGUUCUACCAUUGGUUGACAGAGCACAAUAUCAAAUCCACGGUGAAAUUCCCCACCUGCUCAGAGUGUGGCCACGUAGCUAUCAAUGCCAGCGCUUUGCAGAAACAUGAAGACGAAAAUCAUCAACGUGGAGACUUGCAGCAGUGCAUUUACUGCAACAAGGUGUUCGCUAAAGAAAUUGAGCUGUACGAGCACAUGAAGAGCCUACACAAAGACCGAGCCCGGGAAGAUGGAGUCAUCGAUUUCUCCGACGAGGAGUACCAUAUGGGAGAGGAAGAACAAAUGAUGACAGCCCACGGCUCCAGUGGAUCGGAAAAAAUCAAAAUCAUUUCUAAUAUCAGCCUAGCGGCUAGCGGUACGAUUCCAUUUGUCAUUGAUCCCAGCCAGGUGCAAACCAUAUCGCAAAUCGGUGGCAAAUCGUCACUGCAGAUUCAGCAGAUUACUCUCGAGCCGUCGUCGGAAGCGGAAGCCCUGAGCAAUGUGGCGUCCGGCAUUGCCACCAGCUUGGGGCUGGUAGACAGCUCAGGGGUAGUGAUCGAAGAUUCGAACUUCCAGGGAGCUCAGUACGUCGAGCACCAGCUGGCAUCGGUGCACGGCGAAUCAUCGGGCGGAGCUGACCAGCUUACCAAACUGAUCACCGAAGACGGCACCGAGCUACAGCUGACCCAAAGCCAGAAGGAGGAGAUUAUGUCACAGCUACAGAACAGCGGAAACGGCAACGUGGUGAUGGUUCUGAACGACGAUAACUUCAUCGGUGGCAGCAGUAUCACCCUGGAGGAUGGAUCCCAUCUAAUCACUACCAGCGCCGACCAUCACGAUCCCAACGCAGUUCUUAUGUACACCCAAGCUGGUGACGUUUUGACCGGUGUUACCGAGAGCGGCUCCGGAAUGUUGGCCGUUACAACGACGAGCACGUUGGAGCAAGAUGAACAGCCGCAACAGCACAUCGAUGAAACAUCACAAGCUUCUGUCCAACCGUCCGAGGCAGUCAGCGAGAAAGUCGGUGAAGCUGGAGAAAACAAUCAAGAAUCGGUGCAGCAAGUCGAACGUACAGUGAAGGCUGAAGCGGAGGAAGAUGAUGAAGUGGAAGAGGAAGAUGAAGAUGAGAAAGCGGAGAAGGCCGCAAAGGAAAGGGAGAAGCAGAAACUGAUUUCAGAGUUGGAAGGUGACUGGUCCGAGGACACGGAAGAUAACCAACAACCUAAUGCAGAGGAGGAAAAACAAGCAGAGGCACCUGUGGCAAAAUCAAACAAACCUGCUGCAGCGUCGAAAGAGACCAGUGAAAAAACAGAAAACAAAACAGAGACUCCUAGUCUCAAUGACAAGGAAAUUGAUGAUUUGUUGGAUGAUUGGAACAACGAUUCCAAACCUGCUAACGAUGAAGACACAGAAAGCAAACCUGUUGAAGAGAAAAUACCGGAUAAAGAUCCCGUUGAACCGGAAAAGGAAGAACCGACCCCUAUGGAAACAUCCACCGGCGAUGGAGAACACACAGCUGAUGAUAGUAUCGGCGGUGCGAGCAGCGUUAAUGAUAGUGAAACGCAAAUUGUUAUAAUGGCUGCAGAGAGCGAAACAGAAACGUCUCUGAAAGAGGAUGAAACCAGUCAAGGAGAAGGGGAAGCGGCAACGGCUGCGGAAACAGACAAGGAUGCUUCAACUGAAACGCCCAAGGAUGCGGACACUGGCAAAAGUGAGCCUGAAGAAAAGGAAACCGAGCAAAGCACUGAUCGUGCGAAAGAAGAAGACAAUGAUCAGCAACCCAAGGAGGAAGAUGAAGAUAAAACAAAAUCGAAGAAAGAGGUAGUGAAUUCCCUGCUAGGAGACUGGGACGAGGAUGAGGAUAUGUAAGUAUGUCUUGCAGAAUUACUAAGUUCCAGUCGUGCGUUAUUUGUGGUAAAAUAACAGUAAAUGUGCUUAGAAAAGCGCAUAGUCAAAAACUGUAUCAAAAGUUGACGAUUAUCAAUUUUAUGAUUAUUAUUCUAUCAUAAUUCUACAACGUGUAUAAAAAUAAAGAUAAGCAUAAAGGAAAACAUCAAUCUUAGACGUGACCAUAAAACUAAUAAUACAGUUUAAAGCUAGUUUUUAUUGAUUAAAAUAAGAAAGAGAUUUGGUAAAACUAGUAAAGAUUCGUUUAAUUCUUAUAGAUUCAUCUUAAAAUCCCAAUUUUGUUGCUAAUAGGUACUAACAAAAUGGAACAAUUAUCAUAAAGUAUGCACUUUUUUGAAAAUAUUUUUCAACCUGAAGUUAUAAAAAAAAACUAUGGAUGUUUGAUUUUCUUUUAGUAAAUAUUUUAUUUGAAUCAAGGAUCAACUCAUUAUCCUCGAUUCCAAUAAGAUCCUACUAUUUUCAGAUACUAUGCAAGCACACAACUUUGAAAGAUUAACAUUCUCACAUGAGGUUUGUCAUAAUUUUAUUUUACUUAUUACUUGUGAACCUUUAGAGCUUAUCAUUGAAUGUCGUACGAACCAGUGAAAAUCUGUGCUUGUCGCGUUGUUCGACUGUCUCAUAAAAGCAUUCUAUUACUUCUAGAACAAGAAUGAAUCAAUGAAAUGAUGUUGACUUGACCCUUAAAUAAGCAGUGCACAAUAAAUUUAAGUUAUGAUUCAUUGAAGCUUUAGAAAACAUACUAAUUUGUGUUCAGAACAACUGUUUUUCUUUGUGUUUUAUCUAACGCAUUUCUUACUUGCCAAUCUAAGUGGGUAACAUUAUUUGUGGCCCCAUAACUUGUACGGAACAUAUUCACUGAUCAUGGACGAAGGAACAAAUUUUCGUCGAUGAUGACUGAAUGUGAUGACAUUUCAUUUAAAUGUUGCAAUGUUUUUAGUUUAUAUUUUGUGAAACUUACAUUAAGGAACCUCAAUUUUCGGGCUGAAGAGCUUCAACUGAUUAACACCUAAUAUAUACCCUUGUUUUCUGAGAGAAGAUUUGAAAUUCACAAUACCUACAUUAUUUUUUUUUACAUAAAAAUAAACAUAAAAACCUGAAAGUACUAAUAUUUAAUUACCCCUUAAUCUGUAUUUGUAGCAGCGUGGUUCUUGAAAAAAAAGACCAUAAUUUUGUCGUUAGUAAUUUUUAGCAUAAGAACAGAGAAAUCUAUCUUUUUUUCUUCAGUUCAAUAGGAAUUAAAAAAAAUAUGUGUAGACGUAGUAAAAAUACGUUCAUGUUUGCCUUAGGCCGGUGUUCUUCCUAGGGAAAACGAUUGAGAUGUUUUGCUAGUUGUGUAAGUUCGCUGUAUGAAAUGCUAACUGGAGAUUGACAAAGGCAAAUAAAUCUAUGAUAUAUAUUUGA